GCCACGGAACAUCCAUGGUAUGGGCCAUGGGCGUGAUGCGUUGGCUUGCUUCUGCUGUCCUAACAAAGCCGUCCGGCAGGCGGCGUGGGCGCACAAGUGACAACCGUCUCAUCGCGCUUCAAGCAACGACACUCACGGGCCGGAUUGGGAUCAGAGUAGGGGCCUGCCAAAGCAAGGAGCACUUGCACACCCCACACACCCCAUGGGCAACGCCCUCCCCCCCGGACGACUUUCUUUUUCUCUCCUUCUGGGUUUGCUCCCCGUCCAUAUCAUGCUGCCGGCGAGUCGCGAUUCGACAAGAGGUACAGAGUAUAUAACAGGUACCUUUCACCCAGCCCGACUGACGCCCUCUUCCAAAACUCGCCUCACCUCAGACACCUAUUGCGUACUCCCACGCCUCUGUGCUACCCAGACCGCCUCUUUAUCUUGCUCCCUACCGCAGACAGCACAACAACAAGUGUUUGCUCCCGUCCCCAGCCUGCCUUCAAAUAGUAUGUAUGCCCCUUGGACGAAUGCAGCGCGUUCCUCCAUCAUGCCAACGCAUCUUCAUCCACAUCCACUCCGAAUAUUUGAUCAAGUCUUACUCACCUUCUCGGCCAGGCACUUUUCGCGCUGCAUCCUGUAACCUGUAUCAGCCACUCCCGCGCUGCUGCCCUGGAGCUUGGAAAUCAGCCAUUCCAAUUUUGCCAGC